AUGUCUUCCUUGACAAGAUUAUUACAAGAAAAGAAGGAUAAAGAACGUAAUGAGGAUGAUUCACGAUUGCCCACCACAGUGGAAUCGAGCGUAAAUAGAGGAUCUCCAAUUGCAUCCGCUCAACAGACACAGCCUAUUGGCAUCUAUACCGGGAGCACUGCCCAAAAUUCAACUACUAGCGUCACCACAGUAACUCAAUUGGAUUCAGAGGAUGAUGAUGAGGAUCUAGCAAAUAAUACUGUCAACAGCAUAAAUAAACAGAUGUUUUUAAAUACAGGUGGUGGUGCUAACCGUGUCGAUUCUGGCAGGAGGCACGACCAAGGUAUGAGUAAUGCAUUUUCAUCCAGUUUUUUAGAUUCAAAUUCAGCUCACACUGCAACCAUGUAUGGUGCAAGCGUGCAUUCUAGAACUUAUUCAAACUCAUUAUCAAUCAAUAUAUCUGCCGGUGGUUCAUCAUACGGCUCUCCAAAUUUAGUCGUUCCUGGCAGAAAACCUGGUAGAUCCUAUUCAAGUUCACAACAAUCAAGGCAACUACCUUCGUUAUCAUCUAGUAUUCCUUAUUCAGUACCAAACUCAAACAAAGAUAGAACAGGGUCAAAUAGUACUAAUUCUUCAGUUUCCUCUUCAUGGAUUGACGUUUAUGGAGGUAGCAUGCCAAGUAACAUAUCCGCUAUUGAUUCAAACGUUAUUUCUUCCCCUGUGGUCGACAGUGUAGAACCAAGAUUUGUUAUUUCAAAACAGAAGCUGCAAAAGUCCUCAGAGAGUUCUCAAUCUGGUUCAGUUUCAAGAUCGAAUUCAUUAUCAUCUCAUUUCGGAAAUUUGUUUUUCUCAAAAAGCUCAAAAGAUAUCCACGGUUCUACUUCUCAUUCAACAACUAUAACUACUGUUACUGGCACUGUAAAUUCCGAAUACUCUUCUUCUCCAGCUGCAACAUCUAUUCCAAAACCAGGCCGUGCUAGACAGAGCAGCAUUUAUGCUGCUUCAAGAAGACCCUCGUCGUCUUAUACAGAGAACUUCCUAAGCUCUACUCCACCACAAUCUGAGCAAUCACCAACUCAAAGUGUGCCUAAAAAUCAUCAGUCUUCUGUCUCAAAUCUAAAGAACUUUUUUAAGAAAGGAGGGAACUCUUCAUCGUCUCCUACUACUGCACCAUUACCAGUGCCAAUAAAGGGUUCUGUCAAUGGAACUAGUUCAAUGAGUGUUUCUAGUAACCAGUCUAACCAAUCAUAUAGUAAUAAUAUGUCACCAAGCCUUUACGGAAGCAGUGCUUCAGUUAAUGACACUCUUUAUUCAAAUUCAAGUGAUACUUUGCCAUUUUCAAAAAGAUAUGAAAGGACAGGUGAGGAUUUAGGUGCAGGUGCCGGUGGUAGUGUGAAAUUGAUAAAAAGAGGCUCUGACAAUAAAAUCUUUGCAGUAAAAGAAUUUAGAGCAAAACUUGAUACUGAAACUAAGCGUGAUUAUGUCAAAAAGAUUACAUCCGAAUAUUGUAUUGGUACUACAUUACGUCAUCCAAAUAUUAUUGAAACAAUCGAAAUUUCUUACGAAAAUAAUAGAAUUCUUCAAGUAAUGGAAUAUUGUGAAUAUGAUUUGUUUGCAAUAGUUAUGAGCAACAAAAUGUCUUACGAGGAAAUAUGUUGUUGUUUCAAGCAAAUAUUAACAAGUGUUCAAUAUUUGCACAGCAUAGGUUUAGCCCAUAGAGAUUUAAAAUUGGACAAUUGUGUUAUUAAUGAUAGAGGUAUUGUCAAAUUGAUUGAUUUUGGUGCUGCUGUUGUAUUCUCAUACCCAUUUUCUAAGAAUUUAGUGGAAGCCAGUGGUAUUGUUGGCAGUGAUCCAUACUUGGCACCAGAAGUUUGUAUCUUUUCAAAGUAUGAUCCACGUCCUGUUGAUAUAUGGUCAGUUGCUAUAAUUUUCACCUGUAUGGUAUUAAAGAAAUUCCCUUGGAAAAUACCGAAGUUGAGAGAUAAUUCGUUUAAAUUAUUCUGUUCCGGUAGAGAUUGUGAUUCAUUAAGUGCUUUGGUCACUAGAACUCCAGACCCUCCAUCUUACGAUAAUGCAACUGGCCCAAGCACAUCUAAGAAUCCCCACUCAAAUAACCCAUCCGAUCCAAAUAAUACCAACAUUGGUCCCCAAAGGUUAUACCAUUCUUUACCUGAAGAAUCUCAACAUAUUAUUGGUCGUAUGGUUGAUUUGGCACCUGCAUGUAGGGCUAAUAUUGAUGAAAUAAUGGCUGAUCCAUGGGUUGAAGGUAUUGAUAUGUGCCAUUUAGUAGAAAAGAAUGACCAUUAUGAACUUUUGUCAAGCAAAUACCACACACACACUCAAGUUGAUCAGAGCGAAGCUCAUAUUGCUGGUCUUGAAAAGAAGAAGAAAGCAGCAGCAGCAGCCGCAGCUGCAAAUGGCAGCUCAUCAACAGGAUCAUCAUCUACAAAUAAUGACAAACGAUUACCCUAA